UAUCGACCCAGUCGCCUACCUUUCUGCGGAUAGCCAACCUUUGAGGGUGCUGUGUGUCUGUUUGACACGUACCCUGCACGUACCUCACUUUGAAGUGGUGUAGUCUACCUAUGUAUCGGAUGUGAAAGAAUUUCUGUCGGUUUAAGACUGACAAACCUUUUGUAACGUUUAGCGCAGACUGGUUUCAUAACCUGCACCAUGGAGCCAGGGGCGAGUGACGCGACAGCAGCAGGUGCUCCAUACAUUGAACCGUCCAUUGCAAAGAAAAAGAACAGUAAGGAGAACAAACAGGCAACCUUGUCCCCGUCAGAGCAGACCAGCACCAUGAAGCGUGUCUUUGGCUUUGAGAAAGAAGACGUGUCCUCAUGGCAUCGGCUGGUGUGUCUCCUCAAUCGCCCCACUGAUCCGGCCUCAUUGGGCAUUUUCCGUUUCUUAUUUGGUAUGCUGAUGGCACUAGACAUCACCCAGGAGCGAGGCCUAAGCCAUCUGGACUACAAGUAUUUAGACGGGGCGCCGGUGUGCCGCUUCCCCCUCUUCAACUUCCUGAAGCCCCUUCCCAUGGACUGGAUGUUCUUUGUGUAUUUUGUUAUGUUCCUUGGAGCUGUUGGUAUCAUGCUUGGCUGUUUUUAUCGCCUUGCCUGUCUGAUGUUUAUAUCCACUUAUUGGUACGUUUUCUUUCUGGACAAAACGACCUGGAACAAUCACUCUUAUCUGUAUGGACUCAUCGGCUUCCAGCUCACGCUCAUGGACGCCAACAGAUACUGGUCAUUAGAUGGACUCCGAAACCCCAGAAAGAGGAACGCCCAUGUACCGCUAUGGAACUACACUUUGCUGAGAACUCAGAUUUUCAUAGUGUACUUCAUCGCUGGGGUCAAGAAACUAGAUGCUGAUUGGGUGGAAGGGUACUCAAUGAAAUACUUGGCACACCAUUGGUUAUUUGACCCUUUCAAACUGAUCUUGCCUGUUGAAUUGGUCAGUCUGAUGGUGGUCCAUGGUGGUGGUCUGAUCUUAGACCUCACAGCUGGCUAUCUGCUUUUCUUUGAUGCCACACGUCCUGUCGCCAUGUUCUUUGUCAGCUAUUUCCACUGCAUGAAUUCCCAGCUCUUUAGCAUAGGAAUGUUUCCUUACACCAUGUUGGCUACAAGUCCUCUCUUUUGCUACCCUGACUGGCCUAGACGCUUUUUCGGCCGUUUCCCAGAGUUCCUCUGGCCUGUACUGCCCCUCAUCUCUCCUCCCCCGAGUCCCAGCUCCUCCUGCGUGUAUCCAAAUGCACCUACUGUAUCUAGAGAGCAAGAAGAGGCCCACGCUGCUGCCAGACCCACCACUACAAGCUUCAAGCACAAGUUUAGAGCCUUCUUUACCAUCCUUUACAUCACCGAGCAGCUCUUCUUGCCAUACUCGCACUUCAUCACGCAGGGCUAUAAUAACUGGACAAAUGGACUGUAUGGUUACUCAUGGGACAUGAUGGUUCACUCUCGCUCACAUCAGCAUGUCAAGAUCACCUACAGAGAUGGCGUAACAGGCGAGGUUGGAUAUCUGAACCCUGGAGUUUUCACUCAGAGCCGGAGAUGGAAAGACCAUGGAGACAUGUUGAAGCAGUAUGCGACAUGCCUCAGUGAAAAUCUGCCACGUUUCAAUAUCUCAGACCCAGAGAUUUACUUUGACAUCUGGGUGUCCAUUAAUGACCGUUUCCAACAGAGGAUUUUUGACCCACGCAUUGACAUCGUAAAAGCCGAUUGGUCACCAUUCCGCCCCAAUUCAUGGCUCAUGCCACUACUCGUUGACCUCUCACCAUGGAGAACCAAAUUUGAGGAGAUUGAGGGGUCUUUAGACAACCAGACUGAAGUGGUAUUUAUCGCUGAUUUCCCAGGCCUUUAUCUUGAAAACUUUGUGAGUGAGGAUCUUGGGAACACCAGUGUUCAGGUCCUGGAGGGUCAAGUGAAGGUUGAAAUAGUGGAUGAGAAAAAGAACUACAGUUUACAACCAGGAGAAAAAAUGCAGAUUCCAGCUGGUGCGUACCAUAAGGUGUACACUGUGUCUGAAGGGCCAUCCUGUUACAUGUACAUUUAUGUAAAUACUACUGAGGCGGAGCUUCAGAAGAACUUCACAAAGCUUUCUGAACUUCAGGAGAAAGUGCGCAAUGGAACGGAAACAGAGCCUUUGCCUCCUGAGCUGCAGCCGCUCAUCACUGGUCUCGACGACCAGGACUCAGACAACAGCGUAAUUGAUCCUGUAGUACGAAUCUUCCUCAAACGACAGAAGCGUAUGCAGGAGGUGAAAAAGCGUCGAGAAGCUUCUGUGGUCGAGAGGUUCCAGAGAUUUGCCUCAAAGAAAUACUACUCGAUUAGACGAGGAUUCCUGAUGACAGCCAUCGCUUUGCGUAACCUGGCUGUAGGUUUGCCACCGCUAGAGCAACUGACAAGAGAAGUGGCCUACGCCAACCUGAAGGAGCCCGAGAGUGAGGCAAAUCAGGACGAGCGUCUUAAAGAUGAGGUGGGCCACGGAGAGCUGUGAGAAAAGAGACUGUUACUGAGCUGCUGGCUGGCAGCAAAUAAACAAAUGCUUUAGUAGGUCAGUAUUUUUGGAGCAUUCCAUGAUUUAUUGUUUACAGUUUGGUCAUUUUUGUCCCCCCCCUUUUAAGUCCAAAAUAUAAAAAUCUUUUACAAACCCUCAUGUUGUUCUGAACCAGGGGUUCCGAAACACAUUCCUGGAGCCUCCCCAGCACUGCACAUUUUGGAUGUGUCCUUUGCCUGACACACCCAUUUCAGGUCUUGGAGUCUCGACUAAUGAGCUGAUGAUCUGAAUCAUGUGUGUUUGAUUAAAGAGUGUUGGGGAGGCUCCGGGAAUGUUUGGGAACCCCUGUUCUAAACCCAUAUGAUAGUUAAGAUUUUAAGAUUUGUGAAUUAUUAUUAAAAUGGUCCUGUUCUUAACAUAGCCCUGUCAUAUGGCUUCAAAAGUCCUGGAAUUUACUGUAGUAAGUCGUUUUUGGAGUUUGUCUUUAUUCAAAUUUCAUUGUAUGAAAAAAACAAAACAAAACAAAAAAAACAGUGGGAACAGUCUUAAAAAUUUCUCCUUUUGUUUUCCAAGGAUGUCACACAGGUAUGAAACAGUGGUGACAGAAUUUAUAUUUAGAAUUUUUGGUUGAGCUAUCCCUUUAACUAUUUUUUUUUUAUUAUUCCCUUUUAACUGGUUACUGAUGCGCAAGUAAUGAUGACACUAAGAUUUACUUGGUUCUUUAUUAACAUGGAGUCUUUAAAAGUAAUUAGUGAGUUUAAAAGCAAUUAAUUUACUAUUACUUUUUCAGUAUUAAAAAAGAAAAUAAAUGAAACUUGGCCUUUUGUGAGAAUGUUUGAAACGGAUCUUUUCCUUUUAACCAAUUAAAAGUUUUUAUCUUAAUUCACUCAUUUGUGCUUAAGGGAUCCUGUUAUGUUUAAUCUCAAAAUCUUAGAAAUGAUCAGGUCAUCUUUCAAUUGGACAAAUCUUGGCUGUAAAAAGUGCCAAACAUGGGCAGGUACUUAAUUGUUGUUAAUGCAUAAGUUUCAUUAUGCAAAAUGCUGUUUUGGAAAACAUGGGUGGCCUAAAACAUUUUAUGCAACAUGAAGUCAACCUUCUUUUAUAUGCACACUGUUAUUGUGGGAUUGAGAAUGCAAGAAAGCUGUUGGAAUUUGUCAAUUUUUGAAUAAACAAAGUGCAACACUAA